AUGCAGUCAAAACACAUCUCACACUGGGGUGACAUUUUAGUGUUGGCUGCAUACUUCUGUGCAGUAUUGUUGGUUGGAGUAUGGAGCUUGUGUCGUAAGCAAAGGGGCACGGUGCGAAGCUACUUUUUGGCUGGAGGGUCAAUGUCAUGGAUUCCAGUUGGGGCCUCGCUGUUUUCAAGCAACAUAGGCAGUGAACAUUUCAUAGGCCUGGCGGGUACAGGAGCGGCCAGUGGAUUUGCCAUUGUUAUUUACGAAUGGCUGGCAAUGCCGCUGCUGAUUGUCCUCGGAUGGAUAUUUGUGCCAGUGUAUGUCUCAGCAGGGGUUUACACGAUGCCCGAGUACAUGGCCAAGAGGUUCGGAGGCCAGAGGAUAAGGCUCUAUCUCAGUGUGUUGGCUAUGGUGUUGUACAUUCUCACAAAACUGGCGGUGAGUAUAUUCGCGGGAGCUCUGUUUAUUCAGCUAUCCAUGGGCUGGAACAUGUACCUGUCAAUAGCUGUUCUUCUGGUAGUUACAGGAUUAUUCACCAUUCUAGGUGGCUUGUCUGCAGUUAUCUAUACAGACACCUUUCAAACAGUCGUUAUGCUUAUUGGUGCUUUAAUUAUGGCCGCCAUAGGUUUUAACAAAAUUGGAGGCUACUCAAAUCUUCAACCACUGUACAUGAACGCCACAGCGUCAUUGCGGAACGCCAACAACACGUGCGGCAAUCCACGUGACGACGCGUUUCACGUGCUGCGAGACGCAGUGACUUCGGAUAUCCCGUGGUUAGGCACAGUCUUACACAUGUUGUUUGGAUCCAUGUGGUACUUCUGUUGUGACCAGGUGAUAGUUCAGCGUUCUCUAGCAGCUCGUUCGCUGUCUCACGCAAAAGCUGGCUCUUUGUUGUGUGCCUAUCUGAAGAUACUGCCCAUGUUCAUCAUGAUCAUGCCCGGUAUGAUAUCUCGGAUCCUGUACCCAGACGAAAUCGGAUGUGUGCUGCCUGAGGAGUGCGAGCGCCACUGUGGUAACCCUGUCGGUUGCUCAAAUAUUGCCUACCCAAAACUUGUCCUGGAACUUUUGCCGGCUGGACUCCGUGGCCUGCUAGUGGCAGUUAUGUUGUCAGCUAUCAUGUCCUCUCUGACCUCCAUCUUCAACUCCGCAUCCACCCUCUUUUCAAUUGACAUUUGGCCGCGCCUUCGAAAAGGAGCUUCACAGAGGGAACUGCUCAUUGUCGGCAGGUGA